AAAUCUGCACAGAUUCUUUAAGGAGGUGAAAAAAUGAAGUAAAAUCUUUUGAAUCUUUCAGAAAAGCAGAGGUUCGGAGCUUUUAUUAACCAAAAUAAAUCCAUAAAAAGCAGCUUCGAUUGGAAACUGGAAGCGACAGCAUCAUCUGCUAUCGAAAGCAUGCAGAGUAUUUCCAAUCUACCAAGAAAGAGCUAGAAAAGGGGAAAUAUCAGGUCAGCAACGAACAACAUCCGUUUAAAUUGUCUACCAAUGGAUUCUAAUCCGUUGGAAAUGCAAGAACCGAGCAUCGACACGGACAAGCUCAGCUACGAGAUCUUCUCUAUCCUUGAAAGCAAAUUUCUCUUCGGCUACGAUGAUCAGAAGCUCUGGAUCCCGAAACACAUAUCUCCAGUAAAUGAAACAAAUUCCGGAGCUGCUGAGCCGGCAACUACCGAGAAUGGCGUAUCGGCGAUCAAGAACCAGAGAGGUAAAGUCUGCAUUCUAAGCAUCGACGGCGGAGGCAUGCGUAGUAUCCUAGCUGGUAAAGCCCUAGCUUAUCUCGAGCAAGCUCUCAAGAACAAAUCGGGCAAUCCCGACGCAAGAAUCGCCGAUUAUUUUGAUGUUGCCGCCGGGACUGGCGUGGGAGGAAUCUUUACGGCGAUGCUUUUUGCCACCGAAGGCGGCGGCCGUCCUAUUUUCUGCGCGGAGGACACGUGGAAGUUCUUGGCGGACCAGGGGAAGCGAUUCUUUAGAUUACCAACAAGUUCAUUUUCCCCCGGUAAUUUUCUCAGGCGAUUGUUCGGUGGAACAGGCGGCUCAACCGAUUCAGCAACAUCCGGUCUUGAACUGGCCGUGAGAGAGGCUUUUACGCAGAACGGUCGGACUCUGACGCUCAAGGACACCUUGAAGCCGGUGUUGAUACCAUGUUACGAUCUCUCGAGCUCGGCGCCGUUUCUCUUCUCCCGAGCUGAUGCACUUGAGACAGACAGCUUCGAUUUCCGGUUGUGGGAGGUGUGUCGAGCGACUUCGGCAGAGCCGGCGUUGUUCGAACCGGUCGCUAUGCGGUCGAUAGACGGGCAGACUCGGUGCGUGGCGGUUGACGGAGGGCUGGCAAUGAGCAACCCGGCAGCGGCGGCAAUCACGCACGUGCUGCACAACAAGCAGGAGUUCCCGUUCGUACGAGGGGUGGAGGACCUCAUGGUGCUGUCUUUGGGGAGCGGUCAAGUUCUAGAGGGCAGCUAUGACUACGAGAAGGUGAAGGGUUGGAAAGCGAAAGAAUGGGCGAGGCCAAUGGUUCGAAUCGCCGGCGACGGUGCUGCCGAUUUGGUCGAUCACGCCAUCGCGAUGGCAUUUGGGCAGAGCCGGAGCAGCAAUUACGUCCGUAUUCAGGCAAACGGGUCGAAUUUGGGGCAAUGUGGAGCCAACGUGGAGGCCGACUGGAGUCCGGAAAACGUGAAACUGUUGGUGGGCAUGGCGGAAGAGAUGCUGAAACAGAAGAAUGUGGAGUCGGUACUGUUCGGAGGGAAAAGGAUAGCGGAACAGGCCAAUUUCGAGAAACUCGACUGGUUCGCAGGGGAACUCGUGCUGGAGCAUCAGAGGAGGAGUUGUAGAAUCGCUCCCACUGUCGCAUUCAAGCAAGCUACCCCGAAAGACUCACCUGAAUCACCACCCCCAAAUUAAAAAAAUGGUCGUGGUAAAGCACAGAAAAAAUCAAAAUUUGAAAUGCAGGGAGAGGAGGAAAAAGG